GGUCUGCCUGGAUUCGCGACUUCGGCUUCACAGAAAACAACCGUCAAGUUCGUCCUUUCUGAGGCGCAUUGUUAACCAUUAAACACUAAAAUGCGAGCCCCACACAUCUGCAGCACCAGGCAAGUCGAGGCGGUGUUCACGAGCGCCCCCGCGGGUCUGCAGGGCUUCAAGGCUCAUGCAGUUUUUCAGGAGAUUGGAAAGAAACUGGAGGAGGAAGGAGAUCAGUUCGUGAAGAAGAUCGGAGGCGUGUUCGCCUUUAAAGUGAAGGACGGGCCGGGUGGCAAAGAGGCGACAUGGAUCGUGAACGUUAGAGAUGGAAAAGGCUGCGUUCACAACGAUGCCUCCAAAAAGGCCGACUGUACCAUCUCCAUGACGGACUCUGACCUGCUGGCUCUGAUGACGGGCAAGAUGAAUCCUCAAACAGCGUUUUUCCAGGGAAAGCUGAAGAUCAUCGGGAACAUGGGGAUGGCCAUGAAGCUCCAGAACCUGCAGCUACAACCCGGCAAAGCCAAACUGUGAGAGUCGAACCCCUGUCGAGCAGACGGACUGCUGCAUUAAUAAAGAGAGAGAGAACGUAGAGGAUCUAGCUGAUCUUUGAUAGACUGCUGAGGACUAAUGUGUACUUAUACUAAUCUUAGAUCAGCGCUCUGCUGCUAGACCUGUUCUAAACCCAGUACCACGUCUCUCAGUCCUGAAUUAUUCAUCUAUACUGAGUACAAAUCCGGCUGUAUGCAAAUUUCCUUGAUAUUUUCCUUAUUAAUUAAUAUCAUGUGUAUAGUAUUUGUCUGAUCAAACCGCUGUUUGGUUGGAGUGUGUAUGAAAUUCAGCGUAGUAGUUUUAACGACACACUUGAUUUGACGAUAAAUGAUCAGUAGUAUUAAAUAUACGGUUAUUAAAAACAACAAACUUUUAUACUUCAUGUUUAUAGAAUCCAGUUUUAAAUGAGCUAGUCUAACACGGACAGGAUCGGACCAUGAGAAACACCCGCUGUUCUGUUACAGUGCAACAUUAAAGCAUGUUUCAGCCGAUUUACUGUAUUCGGGGUCAGUAGGAACAUUGUGUACAUUUUAUUCUCCACUGAACUAUUCCUUUAACUGUGUGUGUGUGUGUGUGUGUGUGUGUGUGUGUGUGUGUGUGUGUGUGUGUGUGUGUGUGUGUGUGUGUGUUUCACCAGUAUUCAGGGUUAAUACAAUAAAGUUCACUUCUGUCUUUAGUAACAUUGUGUGAAAUUUAAACCUGUUUUUCCGAGUGCACGAAUGUGCCCCCCAACCCCCCGGGUCUAAAAUAACAUUUACUUAAUAAAUUUCUUCUUUCUUUGGCAUGAA